GGUGUCUGGACUUCAAUGUUCCACGCGACUUUUUUUUCCACUGGUGAGUACUGGGUCCUGCUUUUUGGAGGGUCCUUCAUUCUUCUCAUUCACUUCUAUUUGCCUUCCAGGUUGGAAGUCAUUCCUUUACAGUUCUUCCAAAAACAGGAACUGGUUUGGUCUCUUCCUCUGAGGGCUCUCUGCACUCCAGCAGAAAAGGAAGGCAAAAACCCAAUCCAUUUUAACAACAGGAUGUCUAAGGUUUUUGGGAUGAAUGAUUGGUUUGAGGCAACAUGCUUCCUCUGCCAUGAGUAUUUCAUAGAUCCUGUCACUUUGGACUGCGAGCACCACUUCUGCCAUUCCUGCAUUCUGCACGCCUGGAGGGAGUCCAAGACGGAGACCUUGUGCCCUCGGUGCAAGAAGCCAGCUCUUCGGGAAAACCUCAAGCCACAUGCCGACCUGGCCAAAGCCGUGAAAAUGGUCAAAUGGGUGUGUCAGGAGGGGACCGAAAUAGCCGAAGGAGGGAAAAUCUGCAAGGAACAUCGGCAGGCUGUGAAAUACUUCUGCAAGGACCAUCUUCUCUCUUUCUGCCCUGAGUGUGAGAAAACCAAGGACCACCUGGCUCACAAUGCUGUCCCUGCAUCGGAAGCUGCCAAUGACUACAAGGAUGAGAUUGCAAACCGCAUUGAUGAGCUGUUGAAAGAGGAGGAAGACAUUGAGAUGCACAAGUCACUUAUGGAAAAACAAUGGCAAGAUGUUAUGCAACAAGUGGAGACAGAGAAGCAGCUUAUGGUGCGCUGCUUCGAGAGCAUUCACCAGCGCCUAACAGAGUUAUGCAACAAUAGGAUUUCUAAAAUGGACAAUGCUGUGGAAGAGAUGCAGCUGAAGAAGAGCGAGCACAUGGCGGAGCUCUCCAGGGAACGCACCAAGACUCAGGAUUUCAUCUGGGAUUUGAGGAAGAAGCAUCAGCAGAGGACACUUGACUUCUUACAGACCAUUGGAAGCACCAUGGAGAAGUGCGAGAUGAAAAAAAUGGCAAAUCUGGUUCCUUUUCCAACAGUGGUGAAAACACCUAUCUGGGAACUCCAAGAUUUCGUUUCGCUUCUGCCAGUUGCCUUGAAGCAAUUUGAAGCUGUUCUUACAUUUGAAGACCUGGAGGGAAGAGAUCAAGAAGCGGUUUGCCCCAACCUUAUACUUGCAGGCGCACUUCAGGCUCUUCCAGAAAUCUGAUCCAUUUCCUUACCUGAUCUACUGCAAUGCAAGAAAUUUGCAACUGGCAAAUUUACUGGGAAACUAUAGUAGGGAAUGAGGGUGGGGUGGGACUUGGCAGAAAGAAAGCUGUAGUAUAAGGGGAAGGGAUAUGAGCUAUGGCCUCACAGGAAAAGCAGAUAUGUAGCUUUCACCCACAAUAGAUUUCUGAUCUUCUAUUCUCUUUGUUAUUGAACAAUAUGAGAUGUCACCGAUAGAAUAAACUUCCGAUUCACAUUCUCUGCAGAGAACCUAAGUAUUAAUCGACCUCAUUGGCCUUACUGAGUCUUACAUUUCUGUACUGUGAUUCUUGGACUGGAUUUAAAGAUUCCUCUAUCAAGAGCUAAGAGAAGGUCCUUUUUUUGACGACAUGUCCCAGUAUCUUGACCAUUGCAAUCAUAGCUUUGCUAGAUGGAGAUUUGGGAAGUUGUGACCCGAAAACAAAACUUUCCUCAGCUCUGUUUCUCCUUCUUUAAAUCCACUAGUAAUCUUGCUACCAGUAAGACUUGGGUACCAUAAUAGGCUUUAUUGUUAAAUAGCAAGGAAAUGGCAAGAUGGGUUCUAUUACAAAAUGAGGGACCUGUGUAUAUGAUUUACAGUCCAAAAAUUAGACUCUGUAGCAUGGCAUAAACUAGUAGGGUGAAUAUACCGGAUAAUGCAAUUUGUUUGACUCCUAACAGUGAGAUUCAUAGGUUGAUGUAGAUUUCAGUGUUUGUUUUAAAGAGCACCGCAGUCCAUACUCUAUGCAUGUAGGUAGUUUUUUCCUGUAGUUUUCUUCUGUAGUUAAUAAAGUUUUUUCUCCCUGA